GGGCCUUUGCUUCUUGGGUUCUGCACAAGAAGACUGGUCUUCAGUUUACUGCAAACCGUUGCUUUCAAAACGUUUUCUUUAUAAACCGUGUGGGAGCCCCUUUAAUUAUUACUUUCACGGGGCUAGUAGUUCGAUUACAACUAUUUUUCUCUUUUUUCUCUUUUCAAAAUAUAUAAUUCUCCUUUUAAAGUGAUUUUAUGAACGAAAUAAAUAAAAUUGAAUUGAAAUUAAAAAAUGUGAACGUGUUUGUGUGUGGAAAUUUAUUUCUUUAUUCUAAAUAAAUGACAUUGAAAAUAAAUGAUUCAACAAUUAAGGAGAAUGCGACACCGAAAACGAAAGUGGAACAAAAGAAAAAAAAGAUGUUAAUUUUCUAGAGAAAAAAAAUAAAAACCCAAAAGAAGAAAAAAAAAAUUUAUAUCGAAAUAAAUUUAGAAAAAAAAAGAAACAAAAAUGAGACUGAGCCCAAUUAUAAUAUCGGCAGCGACUAUAUGGUCAUCAGGACACACGUCCUCAUCAGGUUUUCAAGAACAUUUCGAGGAGCGUCAUCAUUAUCAUCAAGUGCAACAAGAACAACGACAAAAAAUGGCAUAUUUCUCUGGCUAUCGUCCGGAAUUAUCGACAGAAUUUUUUUUAGUACCAGUUAAUAUUGGUGGUGGUGGUGGUGAACGUGAACGUGGCGAUGCGAGUGUUGCAAGUGUUGUCAGUGUGCCAGCACCAAAUCAUACAAUAUCCAUAUAUCAUCGCGGUGGUCCAGGUGGUCGUUCACCUUCACUAGAGGCACCGAAAAUCGGCACCGUCACGAGACUGUGGCCCAUGAUAAGGCCCCAUCCAUGGGCCCUACCCCUCGUUGCAUUCGGUGCCGUCACAAUGCUACUAAUGGCGUGUUUCGAAAUAUUUGUUCUCUGUAAGGCAAGGACCACAGCACCAAGCAGACGACAUUUAUUCUUAGGCCAAGCCCUUUUAUUGGGUCUUUUUUUCUUGGCGGGCUUAUCUGCUGCAGCAUCCAUCACACCGAAUCUUUUAUCCUGCACCGCAUUCAGACUCGUUGGACUACCAGCAGCACUUGUUUUUGCUGCUCUUCUCGUCAAAUGUGUUUUUUUACUUUCACUCAAUAGCGGCGUUUAUCUACCAGCACCUUAUCAGGCAUUAGUGCUGAUAUUUGCGGUUCUGGUGCAAGUAGCAAUAAAUGCACAAUGGUUCUAUGGUGAACCACCAGCUGUUAUUUCAAAUCAAAGCGCAAAUCGUGCCUCAUUUGGAAGCGCGUGCAAGACUCCCGUCAGCCAUACACUCGCCUCUCUUGGAUAUCCAAGCACGUUACUCGUUGCCGUAACGUGUUUAGCGGUAAGAGCUCGAGGUGUACGCGAUAAUCAUAGGGAGGCGGCGUUUAUUGGCCUUGCGGUUGGACUCUCAUUACCGACAUGGAUAGCAACAGCAAUUGGUGCACUCACUGCCCCUGAGGACGUGAGAGAAGCAUGGGUCGCAUUUGGAUUAUUAUCGACAUCCUUCCUUGUCUUUUUGACAAUGUUUCUGCCAAAGGGACGUCAAUUAGCGGCACUUGGUAAAGAAAAUUCCGCAGCUAUCACUGCCGCAAUGCGUGAUCGUGAGGAACAAUUGAGUUGCAGUUCACUGCCAGGCAGUGGAUAUUCGCCAUCUUUUUUUCAUUUUAAACCCGCUGAUACGAGUUUAAAGCGAAAAGUUGAUUAUCACAGUACUGAUCGUGUGGCAUUGGUUUCUUCCGGUCUUCCUCGAUGCAACGCGUGCAGACAUGGAAGCAGUCCAAUUUAUUCUGACGAUGUUCAUAACGGAGAUCCUUUUGUUAUGUCGCACGGUGUUUAUUUAAGGCCCGAGGACGUUGGUAAUCUCUACACCACACUUUCCACCAAUCCAAACGUCUUUUUCCAAAGGGCACAUCCAGGAAUGAUGUAUUGAAGAAGAAAAACUCAUUCAUUAUUUUAUAGACUGUACAUAACGCAUUUUUUAUAUUCUCAAAAAAAAAGUAUUUCAAAAUAAAAUUUUAAAGAGUA